AUGGGUCUGAGAAGAUUCCCGAUGGUCGGAAGAAGGGAAGACUUUUGCGAUUGGAAGAAAGGUGAGGGUAUUUCAGCGGCCAAAAAGACAGUCGAACCGGUAUAUCCGCCUAGAGGGCAACCAACCGGCCCUUUAUCAACCAAACAGAGACAAUGAUUUUUGAGACAUUCACUUGACAUAUGUAGGAAACGAGUAGAUAUACGAAAAGAAGUGUAAAGAUCCGAUUUGAUUCGAGUGCGUGUGAGUGUGGAGUAGUGGACAAAUUCCAAGAUUACAGCGAAGAAAGACAAAGCGGCCAGGGAGUGUGUCCGGAGGAAUAAAUUGUAAAUUCAACCGACUCGAGUGAGUGCACUAGGCUUUACACAUUUAAACACAACUCACGCGUUGCGUCGUGCACUUGAUCGCCGACGUUGGCUCGGCGCCAGAAAUCGCCACACCUUUUGAUGGAUCUCCGAAGAGGUUGUGGGCAAGUAAAGAACUCAACAAGCCCGGGAGAAGCAGUUUACUUUAUAAACCUCGAAAAUUAAGCAAAAUCAAUUUUCAACCUCUAGGAGGUAGAGCUGAAGAGAUAAAAACACCUCUCAACCUCCGGGCGGUUGUACUGACUUCAAUUUAGGAAGAUUCGGGAGGAGGGAUUGGCGGUCUUUCAAAAAAGUCUGCCCAUGUAUGGAGACGUUACAGUCUUUUGAAGCGUUAAAAAGAUUGAAAUCGUAUGAUUUCUUCUGCGUUUUCAACCAACCUACUAAAGAAGUAAUCUUAUUGAAAACUUAAAAAUUUACUAAAAUGAAAAAAAAUAUCUGAUAAAGUUCCUUGAAAACUUAAAUUCCCUAACAUAUGAACUGUAUAGACAAAAAAAUUAAAUCAAGAAAUAUACUUGAAAAAUUGGUCCCACUAAAAAAAGCACUUUUUCCUGCGUACUUUCAGUUCUCAGCUGAUAGUAAAUUCAAGGAAAAAUUUUUCAUGAGUCAUCGAGAAAGAGAAAGUAAAUUUUUUUAGAAAUUUGUAGCCCAAAUUUUUCGGUAGAAUACGAAGCUAGAAAAAAACCCGAAAUAUUUAAAAAAAAAACCCCUUUUGUAGCCUUGGAACUUCAGCUUUUUCAAACUCCAAAUCCAUCGAAGAAUCUGACUUCGACCCCUCAAGAAAAAAAUCUAUUCACCAGACAACCUGGUGAGACACAUGAGCCAGUGUUUACGCAUGAUUUGGCGAACUCUGAGCUGUGGAGAGAUAAUAAAACGCAUGGAUCAGCUGCUCAACUUCUUUUUGAAACAGAAACUGAAACGUGGAAAUGAGGAGGAGGAGGCGAUUUUGAAAUCUUUACAAUAAGAGUUGACAAAAUCACACUGGAAUUAGAAUUCUAUGAGCCUAAGUUUUUUUUUCAAUAAAUACAUUGAAAUUUUCCGCUUUGGAAAAACUGAAAAUGUCGAUAGACUUAUAAAAAGAUUUGUUAGAUUCAGUCUAAGAAGUCUAUUUUGAAGUCUGUGUUAGUCCUUACACAUUUUUGUGUCUUUAAAAAACCUUCCAAGCUUUUUGAGCUAUCUAAUUUCCCUUUCAAGAUAAUUUGAACACAGUUAGAGAAGCACAUUGUGCAAAAACAAGCUCUCCUACAGUAACCAAUCAACUUUCGAGGUAAUCUAACGAUGAAAAGAGCAUGCCUUCUCUACCGUAGGAAACACUACAACCUCUGAGAAAUGAUUCCAGCAAGUGUCUACGGGAUUGAUGGCGAGUUUACAGCAGUCAAGCGCGUACUUCGAAACUGAGGAAAAGUGCAAUUGGCCGGCGGCCAACCAGUUGUGCGAUGGAGCAACUGUCGCGGGCUGCCACGGCUCAUGCCCGACUACCAGCUCCUUUGUCUCAUCGCCUGGUUACCCGCAGUGA